AUGAACCCCUUGCUGAAAGAGCUUCUGCAGCACUCGGAGAAUCGCAUUUGUGCAGACUGCGGCGAACGUGCACCGCGCUGGUGCAGCAUUAACCUGGGGGUGAUCAUUUGUGCUGAAUGCGCUGGGCUGCAUCGCAAGCUUGGGACGCACAUCUCUUUCGUGCAAAGCCUCAGCUUGGAUGUCCUGAAAGACGAGUGGGUUCAGCAGCUCCUCGCCCGGGGCAACGCAGCCGGGGCCGAGCGCUUCGAAGCAUCACUGCCCAGGUCCUGGUCAAAGCCGGAGGCACUGAGCUCCGGUGGCGACCGCAUCGACUCUGCUAGCGCAUACCAUCUUGAGCAAUACAUCCGGGCGAAGUACGAGCACCAGCUCUUUACAAAAGAAGGGGCGGAGGUUUCCGAGUCGCCCUUCUCACACCGAUUCACGGUGCUGCUGCGCCGCCAAGGUGGCGAGCCCUUCGGCCUUUACCCGUCGAAGUCAGCGCUCUGCCACGGCAGCCUACGGCUGCGUGCAGAUCCUGCAUCUGGCACUGCAGCCGAGCAGUGGAACUUGGCACAAAACAAUCCGAUGCUUCGCCUCCGAGAGGGGGACUAUGUGGUGCGUGUGAACGCCUCUGCUUCGGGGUCGGAGGGCGGCCCUGGGGCACUGAAGCAGCUGCGGGAGGAGCUUCAGGUGGUGCUGGAAGUUGAGCGCCUGCGGCCUCCAGAAUUUCUCAGUUAUGCUUGGAUGGUUCCGGCUGCCUACUUGUUCUUCAACCCAGCAAAGCUCAGCUCCGUUCCUGGAUUGCUGGAAAAGCAUAUCGGCCGUGAAAUGGAACUUUUCUUGCAGAUCUGUUCCAAGUAUGCUUCGCAGUCAGAAGACUGGGAGGAUGUGCUGCAGAUUUUGGCGACGGCGCCUGGUAGCAGCCGAAAUGCUGCAUUGAUUGCCAAGGCCGGACCAUCGUCGGCAGGCCGAGGCCAAGCUUCCGCACUGCGAGCAUGGUGA